GAUAAAAUCCCCCAUAAACUCUUAUAUUUUAAGGUUUGUGUGAACUCUAAUUUAGAUGAGGUAUAUCUACACUUAUUUGGACAAAUUGAAAAUAUUAAACAAAAUCAACAAAUAAUUAAUACACGCCUAGAUAUAAUGAGCGACAGAUAUUCAUCUAUGAUGGACAAAAAAGAAACCUGCGAAAACUCACCUAAAACUUCUCGAGCCAUAUUUGAUAUACGUUUUGAUAGCAUGCCCAAACAUUGUACCACAAAUCUAAUACCGCCUAGCUCAUGUGCUGAAGCUACUAAAUGUACCCGUACCAGUGGUAUUUAUCAGAUAACUGAUUUUCGCUAUAGCAAUCAGACUUUCACGGUUUAUUGCGAUUACGAUAACUAUGAUGGUGAAUGGAUUUAUAUUUUGACUCGUUUUAAUGGUAAAGAGAAUUUUUAUCGUAAUUGGGACGAUUAUGUGAAAGGUUUCGGUAACGUUGCCGAUGAGUACUGGCUGGGUUUAGAGCGUCUAUAUGCCCUCACAAAUUAUUAUGGACCACAAGAGUUGAAUGUAUAUAUUGAAAAUUUUGAAGGAAUUGCGAAAUUUGCUCGUUACAGUAAUUUCGUUAUUGGUGAUGCAAGUGAAAAAUAUAAGUUAAAAUCACUGGGUGAUUAUUUCGGUACAGCUGGAGAUAGCCUAGAGAAACAAUUAGGCGCCAGUUUUAGUACAUAUGACAAGGAUAAUGAUAUAGAUUCUAGACAUUGCGCUGAGUAUCGCAAGAGUGGUUUUUGGUUUAAUGCUUGUGGUUAUUCAAAUCCCACUGGAAUAUAUCGAAGUGGUAAUUAUUAUGAUGUUGCAAAUGGUUGUUUCUGGCAUUCAUUUGGUGGCUGGAAUUAUUCGCAUAAAAUAAUUAUAUUCAUGAUUCGCCGAAAACGUGCUAUAACACUGAAAUAAUUUGAUUCUUAUUUAUAAUAUUAAUUUAAUAUAUUUGAUAUUUUAUAAAAUAGCAAGCCAAAUCCAAUGUA